GGCAUUGUGAAACAGAAAUGGCGCUUGUUUAUGUUUGUGUGUAAACAAAAAUAAAUGUAUUCAAUAUCUUUUAACGCUAGAAACUAAAAAAACAACUUAUUUGUGACCAUUUUAUUAUUUAAAACUCGAAAAAGUUUAUCCAUCUAUCGUACAAGAUGCAUCGUAGGGGCGGCAAGAGAAUCCGCUUAGACGACCCGCCGCCCGAAUAUGAGAACCCAAUGAUGACCCCUCAUGGGGAACACGGGGAUUAUGGGGGUCAUUAUGGCGAGUCUUCCUAUGCGGAACCUGCGGGGACCUCUGGUGCUUCGCCAGAUACAAUGUUUGAGUCUCCCCCAACACCUGGAAUGGGACGUAGGAUAACUCGAGCGAGAGCCAAGGGCAUAACAAAUCCUCCUCCUCUUCCAUACUCUUAUUCACCUCCACCUCCAGAGAAGCCUUCUGGCAGAGGACGGGGCAGGGGACGACCCCCUGGAAGGAAAAAUAAUGCCACUCUAGAGAUGCAAUUUAGGGGAGACAUUGACGACGACUCUCUGUAUAACAUCAUUAAAGGAGGAAGAGUUUCAUUGAACAAUGUUGUUGAUGAUUGGAUUGAAAGCUAUAAGGUAAACAGGGAAGUAGCACUAAUAUCCUUAAUGCAAUUCUUUAUAAAUGCUGCUGGAUGCAAAGGUAUAAUAACCCAAGAAAUGCAAGCUCACAUGGAACAUGCAGCUAUAAUCCGAAAAAUGACCGAAGAAUUCGAUGAGGAGUCUGGAGAAUACCCGCUGAUCAUGGCUGGACAAUCGUGGAAAAAAUUCAGACAGAAUUUCUGCGAUUUCGUUCAAACUUUGGUGAAGAGAUGCCAGUACACUAUUAUUUACGAUCAAUUUCUUAUGGAUAAUGUAAUUUCUCUUUUGACUGGACUAUCUGAUUCACAAGUCAGAGCUUUCCGACAUACAGCUACUUUAGGAGCGAUGAAGCUUAUGACUGCUUUAGUAGAUGUCGCUUUAACAGUUUCUAUCAAUUUGGACAACACUCAGCGACAGUACGACGCCGAAAGGCAAAAAUCUCGCGAAAAGCGCGCUAGUGAUAGACUGGAAGCGUUACUGGCAAAACGACAAGAGCUUGAAGAAAAUAUGGACGAAAUAAAGAAUAUGCUUACCUAUAUGUUUAAGUCGGUGUUUGUGCAUAGAUAUAGGGACACCCUGCCCGAAAUAAGAGCCAUCGCGAUGACUGAAAUCGGUGUAUGGAUGCAUAAGUUUCACGCCAAUUUCUUGGAUGAUUCUUAUUUAAAGUACAUCGGGUGGACUUUGCAUGACAAGGUUGGGGAAGUUCGCUUAAGGUGCCUGCAAGCCCUACAACCCUUAUAUGCCAGUGAAGAACUAAAGGGUAAAUUGGAGCUGUUUACGAAUAAAUUUAAAGAUAGGAUAGUGGCCAUGACGCUUGAUAAGGAGUAUGAUGUGGCGGUACAGGCUGUCAGACUGGUCAUUUCAAUAUUGAAGCACCAUCAUGAAAUUUUAACCGAUAAGGAUUGUGAACAUGUGUAUGAGUUGGUGUAUUCUUCUCAUCGAGCAGUAGCACAAGCGGCAGGCGAGUUCUUAAACGAGAGACUCUUCCAGCCCGGCGACAGCGAUGCGGGAAAAACUAGACGGGGUAAAAGAAGACUGCCAAACACUCCAUUUAUCAGGGAUUUGGUGCAGUUCUUCAUCGAAUCUGAACUGCACGAGCAUGCCGCUUACUUGGUGGAUUCCCUUAUCGAGUCUAACACUAUGAUGAAGGAUUGGGAAUGCAUGACCGAUUUGUUAUUGGAAGAGCCUGGACCUCAUGAGGAACCGUUGGAUAAUCGACAAGAGACCAGCUUAAUCGAAAUAAUGGUUUGCUGCGUGAAACAAGCGGCUUCCGGAGAAGCCCCCGUAGGCAGAGGACCGAACAGAAAAAUAUCCUCUUUAAAGGAAAUAAAACAGACGGGCGAAGACAAACAAAAACUCACCGAGCACUUUAUAGUCACCCUACCGCCACUCUUAGAUAAAUUUUCCGCCGAUCCAGAGAAACUGGCCAAUUUACUCAGUAUCCCUCAGUAUUUCGAUUUGGAUUUGUACACGAGCGGUAGGCAGGAGGGCUCCUUGCAAGCUCUACUGGCCAAAAUGAAGUAUAUUUGUCAAGUACAUCAUGAACCUGAGGUGCUGGAAACCCUGGCGAAAACCUUAGAGACAUUAUGCACCGAGGGCCACGCUAUCUACACUCGUUGCGACGUUGCCCGCUCAACGAUCAUAGACAUCAUAGUUUCCGCCUACAAAGAGGCAAUUGACGAUUGGAGGAAUUUGCUUUUGGGAGAAGAAAUACCGAACGCAGAUGAAAUUUUUAACGUUGUCAGCUCCCUGAAGAAAGUUGCGAUGUUCUAUGCGUGUCACAACUUAAACCAGUGGGACCUUUGGGACAUUUUGUUUCAAGACUUUAAGGACAUAGAAAGCAAACUACCGCCUGAAGCAUUAAAAUACGUAAUUUCCUCGUGUUAUUUCUAUUUAUUAUGGGCUCUAAGGGAAUUGGAAGCCAGUCAAGAGAGAGGCAGCCUACAGCAUUCAGACGUUCAAGAUUUAAGAGACAAAUUGGACGAAUUCAUUGAGGCCUCACAAAAUUUAAUUCGUAAUUCUCCCCACGCAAACAUUAAGGAGGAAGCUUACAUAGGGCUUUGCGAUUUGCUAAUAGUUUUCAGCGAACAAUUAAAGUCGGGCCACGAAUAUUUAGGGGAAUUAUCCUGCAUGCCCAGUCAAGACUUUCAAGACUUGUUAAACGAGUUUGUGCAAACGUACGUGUUCGUUCCGGAAAAUGACAGUCAAAGUGACGAAAUCCAGAUCGAAGAGUUGCAUAAGAGGCGCAACUUUCUGGCCGCUUAUUGUAAAUUGAUUGUUUAUAAUAUUAUGCCGACAAAAUCAGGCGCUGACGUAUUCAAAAACUACGUAAAAUACUACAACGAAUACGGAGACAUAAUAAAAACCACCCUGGGCAAAGCCAGGGAAAUAAACAAAGUAAACUGCGCCCUCACGAUGUGCCUCAGCUUGAACAUGAUGUUCAACGAAGUACAACGUUCCGGCGGCAGAAACAUUCGGCAACAAGAGGAGUUCUUUGCUUUAAAAGAAUUAGCGAAACGUUUCGCCCUUUCGUUCGGAUUGGACGCGCUUAAAAACCGGGAAGCGAUUACCGCCCUGCACAGGGCCGGCAUUUUGUUUGCAGUGUCGACCGAAAAUACGGAGGAUCCGCUCGGACCUCCGCCUAAUUUACCGUUUUUGGAAAUCAUGAUGGAGUUUACUAAUAAGUUGUUGAAGCAGGAUAAGAGGGUGGUUAUGGCCUUUUUGGAUAAAAGAAUUCAUACAGGAAUGCCAAGCAGUAGAGGAGAAGACUGGCAACCGCUACAGUUAUAUAGAAACAGUUUGUUACAUGGAGAAACCGAUCAAUUGCCAACCACCAGUAAACGUGCCUACGGUAGGAAAAGGAUGAAAGAAGCUGAAGAGGAUGUCGAUGACGGUACUUUAUCAGAUGAAGAGUUCCCCGGAAAUCUAUAUGGAUAGAUUAUAGCGUUUUUAUUAAAUGUUUAUUUAAGGGCUAGGUACUAUAUUUAAAAAUAAACGUUUUAAUUGUA